AUGGCGAUUCGAUCGGUAUUCGAUUCUUCCGCCAUUAGAACCGAGUUUGAGAAGGCCGGAAUCAACACCAAUUUCAUCCAUCUAAUAUGGAAGUAUGUGAUUCAGAACCCUAAUUGUGAAUUGGACGAAGUUCCUUCUUUGCCAGCCGCAGCUUACCCACUUCUUCGCUCCAAGUUCAAACCCUCCACUUCUACUCUUCACUCCGUCAUCGAAUCGAGCGAUGAGGUCACUACUAAGCUUCUCAUUAAGUUGCAGGUAUUCCCUCCUUCUUUGCAGAAUGGAGCAUUUGUGGAGGCUGUGAUCAUGAGGUAUGAUUCGCGUUUGGGAAAAUAUAAUGGAAAGCCUCGGCCUGGUGGUCUGAGGUCAACCUUGUGCAUCUCCUCUCAGGUGUUCAUUCCUGUUUCCUUUUUGGUGUCUUAA